CCUUGACGGUUUUGCAUUUGGUUCUGUAUUCGCGCGUAGACUCAUUUUGUUCAUUGUGUGGUUUUACCGUCCGACUGUAUUUAUUUAUCCAUGAUUAAGACAGCUCAUAGCGUUUCCAAUCUACGCUCUAAUUUGGAAUCAAGUCCAUGUGUGAUUAAACGUACACAAAGUUCUCAUUUCGUGCAGAUACUUGACGAAUCUAUGUGUGUUGUUCGUGAAGAUCUUACGGAAUGGUUACAACAUUAUUUAUUUUCAACGGCUAACGCAUGUCCCAUAGAAGCACAUUACCUACUUUGUCGUUUAGCCUCAGGUCUGUGGCUUUCUAGACUAGCUUAUAAACUACAUUAUUCGAUUUUGGAAUCAGGUUAUCAAAUUGCAUUAAAAUCAAAAUCAACACAUAAUAAUAACAAUAAUAAUAAUGGUCGUUCAUAUGAAUUUCUGAGAGGUGCAGUGUCCAAUCGUGACUUGAAAAAUCUUACUCCAGUUUCAUUACCAUCAUUUCCCUCCACAUUAACUGAUUGUGCUAAACUACCACUUGGUCCGUCAGAUCUCUGUUCCUUUUCACCACAACCUUCUACUCAUAAACGUAAUUCAAAUAUGUCAAAUUGUGAUAUGGAUUUUCCUAAAGAAAAUAUCUCAAUAAAAUCUCGAGUUGCUGAUCGUUGGAUAGCUCGUGAUAAUGUUAGUGCGUUUAUUAAAUGGUGCAAAGAUUUGGGUGUACCAGAAACAAUAUUAUUUGAAACAAAUGGAUUAAUGAAUAAGACCGAAGAGAAAAAUGUUUUGCUUACCCUAAUGGAGGUUGCACGUAUUGCAAGUCGUUACGGUCUCACUGAUCUACCGUACUUAGUUCGUAUGGAACGUGAAAUUGAUGAGUUGGAAGCAAAACAUUCACAAGAUCAAAGUGAAAUAAAUCGUUUACACCAUGGUAGUAAUAAUAAUAAUACAAAUCAUUUUACUACUCAUGCAGUGAUUAAUUUGGAAAGAAUUGAUAAUGAAAAAAUGGAUAAUUGUAAAUCUACUUCUAACUUAGAAAUAACUGUAAAUAAACGAAAAGCAAAAUCUCAGAAAUCUUCAAACUUCAAUACAAUUUCUGAUGAUAAUCACACGAAUAAAAAUUCUAAUAAUUUUAAUACAGUUCUAAUUGAUUCACAUUCUGUAAGUCAAUUAAUGAACAAUAAGAAUGGUGAUAAUUCUGUACAAACAUCUACUGAUAAUCAAGAUAUUUCUUGUGAUUGUAAUGUAUCAUUGUUAUCAAAUCAUUGUUCACAAAAUGAUACUUCAAAUAAUAAUAAUAAUAAUACCAUGUAUACCAAUUCACAUUCAGUGAAUAUACUCGAUGUAUAUAAUAAGAAUCAAUGUGAUCUUUGUCGAAAUGGUUCUUCUCAAGUUGAUAAUCCGAUUAGUAAUAAUCAGAACUCUACUUGUCAUCAUCACGCAUUAUUUGAAAUAAACAAUUCAGAAAAUUCAAAUUCUGCUAAACGUUCAAGAGCUUUGAAUGGCUCUCUUAUAUCCUUAGAAGAUAAUAAUGAUAGUCUGAGCAAGGUAGUUACAGACCAAUUUGUACAACAACAAGUGAUUGGUAAAUGUUCACCUUAUUUUACCAAAAGAAAAAGACAACAAACAUUGAAUAAUCUAGAUCUCCUUUUACCGAUAAUUGAGGUAACACCAGUCAAAAUUACAAAAACAGUAAAUAUUUUAUCAUCAGCUAUAAAUUCAAAUAAUUGGUGUAAUGACCACUUAUCGUCAACUAAUAUCGAUUCAACUAAUAAUUAUGUAUCAUCUCUGAGUUCAUUUGAUCUACUAAACAGUCCUGUUGUUAAUUCUUUAAGUAUUUUACAAGUGGAAUCACCUAAAUUGAAAAUCACGAAUAGAAAAUCGGACUUGAAAAAUUUACAAAAUACUAAGAUUAAUACUCCAUCGAUACUUAGUGUACCCCUUAUGGAUUGUUUAAUUUAUAAUGAGAAUUAUCAAGAUCCAAUAUCGAUUGAUCCUUCCACAAUAUCAUCUGAUGAUUGUUUGAUUGAUAAUCAGGUAAAAAAAGUGUUUUGAUCUGUUUGCCAGUAUACCUUGAAUGAUUCAGUGUGCUGCUAUUUGUUGCAUUUUACAUUGUUCUUUGUAUAUAUAUUUGCUUCUAUGUUUCAUCGUUGAAAAUUGGCUUUAUUUCUUGCUUGAUAUGUUCUGUUUUGCUUGAUAACUUGUUUUAUGUAUAUUUACCUGCGUUUAUGUAUAUCUAGCUUAGUGUUUCUUAGUGCUUAUUCAAAAUAAUGUAAAUGUGCUCCCAUGGUCUUAAAAUUUGGCUGUUUGUUUAAUGUUACAAGUCAUUGAUGGGAUGUAUAGAAUGAUGUGUUUCUUGAUGUGAAUAUGUUUUUCAAUGUUUUUUUUCUCGUUAUCAAGUAUUUAAGAACGUUUAGUUAUUUACUGCAUGUUUACACAUGGGUAUUCAUAUCUUUUCAUAACUAUUGUUAAUUGUGCUUUAUGAUAAUUUUGCAUUAUUAGUAAAUGUAAUGGAAUUUCGAUUGUUCCUUUCUUGUUUUGUAGGUGAAUAGGAAGUUGGCCCAAUGUACAUGUUGUAAUAAAUUGCAUAUGCAGCGUCUAGAAGAAGGUCGAUAUAAGCUAGGUUCACGUAUUUAUUACUUACGCAGAUUUCGUAAUCACGUCAUGGUUCGAGUUGGUGGGGGUUGGUUAACAUUAGAUGAGUUCUUGCAUCGUCAUGAUCCGUGUAGACGAGGAGUUCACUCAUUUAAUAUGGAACCAGCAGUUGUAUCUAAUGAUAUCCCUCCCAUCAAGUCAUGUUUUAAUGUUCCUAAACCAAUUCGUCGACAUUCCGAAUUUGAAUCUCCACCUAUUUCACAGAUCAAUUCCAUGAGUAAUUUCAGCAGGCAAUGGUCUUGUGGUAGUAACAGUAGUAUGGAAAGCCCGAGAAGUGAUUCCAGUAUGAUUGACACUGGAAUAGUUAGCGAGAUUUCCAGUGGAGGAAGCAUUUCUCAAGCAUCUUCUUCAUUAAACUCCAUUAAACAAAAACAAGAAAGACCAAAAACAACUGCUCGUCUUACCAUACCAAAGGCUCCAAAUCUUAGGACGGCUUCACGGUCCCGUGAUACGUCUAAGAAAAAUUCAGAUUCUGGGAAGAAAAUUUCAGAUAUUGCUACUGCUGUUACACAUUCUCGUGCGUCUUCGGCAAAGCGGACAAAUGUUCCAGUAAAUAAUACAAAAAAUUUUCGAACACCAUCACAGCCCCGUAAUCUUUCAUCAAAACGUGAAGACUCUGUAUCAAGAGCCUCAAAUAUCCGAAAAGUUUCGAAAUCGCGUGAAUCCUCCGCUAAACGUGAAGAAUCCACACUGACAAAUUGUCGCGCGGAUUCUACAACUCGUCGAACUCUUUGGAGAA